GGAGGCUCAGAGAAAACUCGGAAGGUUUGGCACUAAACAGGAUUUGGUCGUAGCUAAUUGUGGUGUCUACAUGCCAGUGUGACAACAUGUCCCGACCAAAAUGAAAAUGAAAUGUCACGCCUGCCAGCCUGAGAGUAACGAAACAAACAGGUACCGCCAGUUGAAGCCACAGCUAGCAAACAACGUUCAUAUUAAAUGCUACUAUUAGCCUGGAGUAGCACGAGACAAAUAAACAGGAUUGCUGAAUUAGCCAGCGAGGCACAGACAUGGAAGUGAGUCAAAGGUGGAUGAAUACCUCUGUUCAUCGAAGCGCUGGAAAGUGAAUUUCCUCUGGACUUUUUCUGUCUUUGACGAUGUGGGGAAGUUUGUCCCUGACAUGUCACUCGGCUGUGUCACUCGCUUAUAAGCCGCUCACAAGCCCAAGCAUCGCCAUUUAUCCUGGAAGUUCGUGUCAAGAUGAAGUCAUUUCUUUUGUGUCAUUUCGUCUGCGCGUUUCUUCAAGUCAGUCGCCAAAGUCCUACGAGCCGCAGGACUCUGCUGCCCCACAUUUUGGUUGUGGAGGUGGACGGCACUUUGGGCCAGCUGCCCCUGAGCUGCCUGGAGUCGCCGGAGGAGCUUGCAGAGAGAGACAACAAGAGUCAGGAUAUUUUUUGGAUGAAAAACGGAGUGAUGGAAACACAGAGAGGAAACUCAUAUCUUGUGCCGCUGGAGGAAAGCUUAGGAGGGGGCAAUUACACCUGCCACAGGAAAGAUGGAACACUCCUCAAUCACACUGUGGUCCUGAUCCAAGAGGAUGAAACUAAGAGGAGGAAGAUUCUUGUGAAAACUGACCAAGAAGAUUAUUUGAAGUGCUCUGCUCAAAAUUACAACGGAGAGUUUUACUGCUCUUGGACCUGGCACAGCACACGCGUUGGCAAAGUCGCAUUUAUCAAAGCUCAACGUGUUUCUGAUGACAGCGUCACCCAAUGUUCUGUGGAUGCCAGCGGCCAGCACUGGACAUGUUCUUCAGGUCAGAGUAACUUCAUCUGUUCAGUGGACGACAGCGGACGCAGGAUCCUGUGCAUGGACGAGAAGCAUUGCCCCUAUGCUGAGGAGAGCCAGUGGAUCCAAAUCAAUCUCUAUGUGAGGACUGAGCACUUCCUGGUGGAGAGCUACUCUAAAACCUUUUUCCUGUCAGAGAUCGUGAAACCUGACAAGGUCAAGAUCAGAAAAGUGAACUCUUCGAUGAUAGAGUGGAGUUACCCGAGCUCCUGGAGCAGUCCCUUCUCCUACUUCCCCCUCACUUUCCAGAUUGCACAGUUUAAAGGGCGAUACAAAGGGUGUCAUAACCCAUGCACUGACUCAAAAGCCACAGAGACCUUGACAAUCUACUCUCCAGACAUUUGUCAGUUUCAAGUCAAGCGCAAGACUAAGACCGUCUGCGUCCGAGCUAAGGAUGCUCUCUGCAACUCACAAUGGAGCGAGUGGAGCCUCUUCAGAUUGAGGAGCGACAACAACAAGGAAAAGGACAAGCGUCAUCAAAAAAAACACAAGCAUAACAGAUGAAAGUGGACAUCUAAAGAAAUGUGUUUAUUUAUAUGCUUUUAUGUAUUUCUAUUUAUCCUAUUUUAUAUCAUUGUGUAUGUGAAAUGGAAUAAAAUUUAACACAGUCUUGUUUUGUUUGCUGCCUAAUGCAAGACAUCAGACAUCAACGCUGGGUUUUCAUUUGUUUCACAGCUACAAUCA